AUGUCGUUGUUAACCUACUUCUACAUAUCAAUCGUAGCUGUUGUUCUGUUGAGUAGUCGAGCCGAACAACAGAGAGUAUUGAACUAUAUCGAUGGUUACCGAUCGUCAUUCAAAUAUCAUCAACAGGGAAAUGUGAAUUUGAUUAUAUCAGCACCCCAUGGUGGUAGUUUAACACCAAAUGAUUUACCUGACCGAAAAAUCGGCGGUUGUCUUCGUCAUUCAGGUAUGAGCGCUGGGCUUUGUACUUGGUGGUACAAUGAUACGUGUACUGAUGGACAACGUUGCAAUACAACGACAGUAAAAGAUACACUAAGUGAUGAAUUUGCGGAGAAUGUGGUGAAUGAAUUGGAUAUCCAGUAUGCUCUCAAGCCGUACGUUGUUAUUGGCAAAUGGAGUCGAACGAAAAUUGAUUUUAAUCGAGAAAUACAAGAAGCCACAUUGAACCAUCCUGAGGCUAUGAAUGCACAUCGACAUUAUCAUGGAAAUAUUCAACAAGCCGUUGACAAAAUCAAGCUCAACUUUGGAAAAGGUUUACUUCUUGAUAUUCACGGACAUAGUGCCGGAAAUUAUACGAUGGUCGGAUACCUUUUAACAAGUGAUCAAUUGAAUAGAAAUGAUCUGAAUACUCUUUUGGUGCCAACAUCGAUUGAUUUACUUUGUAAUUCAAGUCGUGAAGAAUGUAUUCGAGGUCCGAACUCAUUCGGUACCGCACUGGAAUCAAAUCAACUUGGUAUUGCUUAUCCUUCUUUAGCGAAUCCGAAACCUGGAUCUCUGAGAUUUCUCUCCGGUGGAUAUAUAACCAAGAACUAUAUCUCGGGCAUUAAUGCUAUUCAAACCGAAUUGCCGUAUGACAUCCGUGCAGGUGUCAAUCGACGUACUCAUGCGAGAAAUUAUGCAAGAGCAGUUGUUCAUUUUAUGAAACAAAAUCAUCUGUUAUUGUCGAAGUAG